CCUGGUCACCAUGGCGGGCCUGGCGGUCCCCGUGUGGCUGGCCGAGGACGACCUGGGCUGCAUCAUCUGCCAAGGGCUGCUGGACUGGCCCGCCACGCUGCCCUGCGGCCACACCUUCUGCCGCGACUGCCUCAAGGACCUGUGGGGCGCGCGGGGCGCCAGGCGCCCCUGGGCCUGCCCCACCUGCCGCGAGGGCGCGGGGCAGCAGCCGCAGCUGCGGAAGAACACGCUGCUGCAGGAGCUGGCGGACAAGUACCGCCGGGCGGCGCGCGAGCUGGGGGAGGACCCCGCCCCGGGCCCCUCCCGGGCCCCCGCCCCGGGCCCCAGGCCCCCGCCCCACCCAGCACGGCGGCAGGCGGCAGUACAGAAGAGCAUCCCAGAAGUUGGUCAGAAGCUGACAGAGCUGGUGGAACAGCUCGUAGACAUUGUCAGGAGCCUUCAGAAUCAGAGACGCUACACAGAAUCUGGACCAGACAACGAACUAGGCAUCCUGGGCACGACUUUUUCUUCUGGGGUGAACCUCUCCUUGGCUUCUCCAAGGCUAGUGACUUCCAACACAUCUGAGGGAAAAAUGAGAGAUGUUCUCCAUGAUCUAGAAGAAAUUCAGGAAAAAUUACGAGAAAACCUCACGUGGAAAGAGGCUUCUGAAGAACAAAUACAGGUGGAACUCCCAGAAGCUCCGUCUUCCUCCUCAUGCCCACUGCCUAACCAGAGCCUCCCUGCACCCAAGAGAGCCUCUCGGUUUGCUCCAUGGGCCAUCAAUCCAACCUUUGACCUGCAGACCCUCUCCUGUAGCCUGGAGGUGUCCAAGGAUUGCCAGAUAGUGACUGUGUCUCACCACCCACAAUCCUAUCCCCGGAGCUGUGAAAGGUUUUCAACCAGCCAGGUCUUAUGUUCCCAGGCCUUCUCUUCUGGGCAGCAGUACUGGGAAGUGGACACCAGGCAUUGCAGCCACUGGGCCGUUGGAGUGGCUUCCUGGGGGAUGAGCCGUGACCGGAUCCUGGGAAGGACUAUAGACUCUUGCUGUGUAGAGUGGAAGGGGACUAACCAGCUCUCUGCAUGGCACAUGGUCAAGGAAACUGUCCUUGGCUCAGACAGACCUGGGGUGGUGGGCAUCUGGCUGGACCUUGAGGAGGGGAAGCUUGCCUUCUAUUCAGUAGCCAAUCAGGAGAAACUUCUGUAUGAGUGCCCGGUCUCUGCCUCCGCUCCUCUGCACCCUGCCUUCUGGCUGUACGGCUUACAUCCUGGAAAUUCCCUGAUCCUAAAGCAAGUAAGGGAGUAAGGGUUCCUCAGGGGUUA